AUGGCCCGCAUCACCCCGACCGUCGGCCGCACGACCCGCAACGUCGCACCAUAUUCUCAGCGCGACAACAAGGAUUACACUGCCCGCUCGACAGAGGCGCGCAGAACCGCUACCAAGACAGCCCUAAUCGUAGUCUCCCCCCCGCAUGCGCCGCACUACAUGUCGGGUCCCAUCCGCCGCCGCCAGCCCAUCCCCCAAGCCCCUCCCCCUUCCAGCCGCACCUGUACUCUAACGGCGGGCCCCCUCGCCAACGUGCACGACACGCAGGCCGCCGCCACCCUUCUCCGCUUCCGCCGCCCCGACUGGGACCGCGUUACCCCUUCUGAGUUCCUCGCCUCAGUUGACCGCCACCUCCUCUCGCGCAGCAUCCAUCUCAAGACCACCGAGUUUGGCAAUAUGAUCCCCCUCGAGGACCUGGCACGCACCACCGCGCGCUUCGUCCUCCGUGCCGUUCACGACUCUUGGGUCGCCGCAAACCCCACCCAAGACGCGUGCAAGCCUCGCUGCGGCUGUGUUCGCGAGAUCAUGGCGAGUGUUCCGUUUGCCGUGACGGCCGAAAACUACCUCCGCUCUACGAUGGAGGAUGUUAUCCGCUGGCUUCAUUGGGACGGGAAGGACGAUAACGAGGGUGAGACCGAGGAGGAGACGGAGACCGAGACCGAGACGGAGACCGAGACCGAGAUCGAGACCGAGACCGAGACCGAGACCGAGACCGAAACCGAGGCCGAGGGCUGGACCGACACUGAGAUGGAGGGCAUGAGCGAGUAG